AUUCAAUAGCUGUUUGGUAACUGUUGAAGAUGUUUAUUGCUUAUUUCUGAAUCUUUAAUUUGUACGACUUACUUAUUCUUUGUUACUUCUUCAUCCUUAAAUAGUGUAAGCCUAUUGUUUAAUAUUCUAUUGAACGAUAUUUAUGAUAAAUCCUUUCCUUCUUUAAAAAAAUUGCGCAAUAAUUAUGACUAAAAGCUUACAAGUAUAUAGACGCUUUAAUUGUUAUUGCUUUUGUAUUUCAUUAACAUUUAGACUAUCUUGUUUAUAUUACCUUCAGAAUGUGUAUUAAUAAUCUACUAACUAAACUGAGUGCUACUAAUCAGGAAGUCUUUUAAAUUGUAAUCAUUAAACAAUUACAUUAUCGCUCAGUAAAAAUAAUGAAUUUUUGUUAAAAUUAACUCGGAAAAAUAUUGAAAUAUUUUUGUUGUUUUAAUUAUAUAAUUCUAUAAUUAAUUACUUGAAAAGGAAUAGGAAAGAGUUUAUUUAUUGUUAUAUAAUAUUAAUAGUAUUAUUGUCUUGACUGAGGCGACACUGGUAUCAGAAAACUAGGAACUGACAGGUCAUUUACAAGAGAAACAUGGCUGAAUGCGAUUAUGUCUGUACACUGGAAGAUAAAUAUAUUAAGAAAGCUAAGGAUGAACUUAAUGAAAUACCCAGCGAUAGAUUAUCAGCUGUUAAAGCUCUAAGGGAAUGGGUUAAUGAGCAGAAGCAUCUUACAUUCAACACAGACACGCUAAAUUUGAUUAGAAUUUUGAGACACAGCAAGUUUAGUCAAGCUAAAGCAAGAGAGACAAUUGAGAAUGUGGCAAAGUUUAUUUCAAAGUCUAGAACCUAUUUCUCCAACUUGGAUGCCGAAGAUGACAAAUGUCAGUCAAUGCUUAGACGAGGUCAGCUUAUGCUAUUACCUGGAUAUGAUGAUGAUGGAAGAAAAGUAAUGCUAUAUAAACUAAAUAUGAUACCUUUCGACGAGUACAAGAGAGAUUAUAAGUUUUCCGUAAUGGUAAAAGUCAUGAAUACUGUAUUUAUAUCCCUGAUGGACGAUGAAAUGUUUCAAGUCAAUGGUGUUGUGAUGUUUUUCGACAUGACCGGCGUUACUUUGAAAAUGAUUUCAACAUUUAAUGACCCAGAGUCUAUUAAAUACCAUAAAGACAGUCAGAACGCCCAAGUAGGUCGACUAAAAGGUUUUCAUUACUACAAUAUUGGAGGUCUCUUUGAAGCUAUGUUUUCCAUGUACAAACCGUUCAUGAAGCAGAAGCAUAAGGAAAGGUUACGUGUACAUGAAACACUGGAAUCAAUUUAUCGAUACAUUCCCAAGAGAAUGCUGCCUAACGAAUAUUUACCGGAUGACUAUGACGGACCAAGAGCUGGAUCUCUUGUAGAGAUUGGAGCUCAAACAGCGGACGCAAUACUUAAAAAGAGAGAGAAAAUCCUAGAUUUUACUGAUCCAAAGCACAUAUCCUAUGAUGAAAGUAAAAAACCAUCAGCUGAACCCCUUCAACAUUUUAGAAAACUCAAUAUUGAUUAGAUGUAUAAGUAAUACAUAGUGCAAUGAUAUAUGUUCUUUUAUUUACAAAAAUUAAAAUAUAUUUUAAAACUACUCUAUUUUCUUUAACGUUUGAGAAUGUUUAGUCAUAGCCAUCAAUUCUUGACGUGUUCACUUCCAAAACUACAAUUGUGACCAUUAGUCACCUAAUCUAUAUGGAGUUAGGAAAUUUGCCAUAUUUUUUACGACCAUAUUUCACAAUAUGCUUGUGAAAAUCGAUAAGAAAAGCAGUUUAUUUACCUGGGGAUACCUAGGC